AUGAGUUUGCCAGCUCGGGCACCAUGGAUGGAAACGCAGCUUCCGGGGCAGAUGCAGCUCUGUCCUGCUGGUUUCCCUGCAGACAGAUCUUCACGCGAACGCGAGGAGAGUAUGUAUGGGGCGAGGCUGCCAAUGCCGAAGCUCAGCGAUGAGUCGUUGCAGGAAAGGCUGCGAAGCCUCGAGAUGGAGUGCCAGCAGCUGCGCGAAAGCAACUCCCGGUUGGAGCUGGAGAACUCCAAGCUGAAGCUGCAAGUGAGCUCUUCACAGGGAGGGCAACCCGGUUCGGAGCAACAGGGAUUGCCAAGCCUGCUGCAUGCAGGGACACAACGCCAAGUCCUGCGAAGCCGCAUGCGAGCGAUGCUGGAGGAGCAAAGGCGACUGGUGUAUGAACUCCAACUUGAGAUUGCGGAGGAGAUGAACCUUCAGACUCGUCCCACGGAGGCAGAACCCCGACAGCCGAUGCCGCUUGCACCGACAGCUCUGACCGGGUCAUCCAGAAGCGGCCUCGGCGAGUGGCCCUCCGCGCCGCGAGACCUCAACGAACCCCGAGAAGCUGCAGCACCCCCAGAGGAGGACCCGCGUGGGUCUUGGCCCACGGUAUCCCAGCCUUGGCCGUCGAGAGUGCCGGAAAGUGCAUUGUCGACGAGAACCAGCGGCAACUACGCGCAGUCUGUACCAGACGAACUCAGUGCGCCAUCUGAAGCGGCAGCACCACCCGAGGAUGAGGACCCGCCAGCGCCAGCCGUGACAAUGCCAACGAGCAGAAUAAACGGCAGAAGCAGCAACAGACCUCUCACUGCAUCAGCUCGCACGGCUCCGGUGAAACUGCCUUCGCGCUAUAUGCUCUCUGCACCAGACGAGUUGCACACGCCCUGGGAAGCGGCAGCACCGCCUGAGGAGGAGCCGCCCGCGGUUCCGCCAAUUUACGGGCGCGAAGGGUCAGCUCGUCAAUCUCGGCUGACUCGGGGCAGCGCAGCUGGCUCCGACGUUGCCCCGGUCCAAGCGCCGUCGGAAGACGAGGAUCCACCUAUGUUGCUUGGCCAGAACCAGCGCGUUGUUGCAUUCAUGUGCAGGUUCAUUGCGCAGAUGCAUUUCUAG